UGGCUGCGCCUAUGAAAAACAUUUUCGCGAAAUUUCUGUGAAUAAAAACACGAUUUCUUCAGUGAAAUGGAGUCGUAAUUUUACAAAAUUCGGUUGAUAGAUCAAUACAAUGUUGCUUUUCCAUAAAAUAUGCAGAAUAGCCCAAAUUAAGCAAGUGGUUAAGUUUAAACGAUUGUUCUCAACUCAUCGGUAUCUUCUGGCGGCCAAAACUCCUGAUGUCUUUCAAAAAAAAAAGUCACCUUAUGAUUUGAAAGACUUCCCUCCUGAAAGGAUCAGAAAUUUCAGUAUCAUAGCUCAUGUUGAUCAUGGCAAGAGCACACUGGCUGAUCGCCUUCUUGAAAUCACAGGAACUAUUACAGCUAACAAGAGCAAUGCGCAGGUCCUUGACAAGCUACAGGUUGAAAGAGAGCGUGGUAUCACCGUGAAAGCACAAUCCGCCACCCUGUUUCACAAAUACAAGGGGGAAAUGUACAUGCUCAAUCUGAUUGAUACACCUGGUCAUGUUGACUUCAAUUAUGAAGUAUCCAGAUCACUCUCUGCCUGCCAAGGAGUUCUUCUACUUGUGGACGCCAACCAGGGUGUCCAAGCUCAGACCGUUGCCAACUUCUACUUGGCCUUCGAGGCUGACCUUGCCAUUGUACCUGUGAUGAACAAGAUUGAUCUCCCGGGGGCACAGCCUGACGUGGUGGCCUUGCAGUUACAGAACCUGUUCGACAUGGAACCAAACGAUACGUUGAAAGUGUCUGCAAAACAAGGCUUGGGCGUGGAAGAUGUUUUGACAGCUGUGAUUGAGAGGAUACCACCACCUCUUGAGGCGAGGGAAGACCAACCACUGAAAGCACUGCUGUUUGAUUCAGACUUCGACAAGUUUAAAGGCGCCGUCGUCAGUGUGGCUGUGAAGAGUGGUACGAUACAAAAAGGUGACAAGAUUGUUGCCGCUCAUUCUAAGAAAGCUUAUGAAGUUCAGGAGUUGGGCAUACUCUAUCCGGACAUAGUUCCGACUGGAGUUCUGUAUGCUGGUCAGUGUGGUUACAUGGUAGCAGGGAUGAAAACACCAGCCGAGGCCCAGAUCGGAGACACCCUGUAUCACCAAGCAUCACCUGUGGAAGCGCUGCCUGGGUUUAAACCUGCAAGAGCAAUGGUGUUUGCUGGUGUUUUUCCAAUGGACCAAGCUGAAUUUCCCUCACUAAGAAAUGCUUUAGAGAAACUGACAUUGAAUGACAAUAGUGUUACAGUAUACAGUGACACAAGUCCGGCCCUUGGCCAAGGCUGGCGCCUUGGAUUCCUCGGUCUUCUUCACAUGGAUGUUUUCAACCAGAGGCUGGAGCAAGAAUAUGAUGCCUCGGUCAUUAUGACGUCACCUAAUGUGCCAUAUAAAGUGAAAGUAACAGGGCCUAAAAAUAUCAAGAAAUAUGGUGGUGAUGAGAUCACAAUACUGAAUCCUUGCUUGCUGCCUGAUCCUGCCAUCAUCACCGAAUUCAAAGAACCCAUGGUUAACGGUACCAUUAUUUUACCUGACAGAUAUGUUGGUGAUGUUAUUAAACUUUGUCUGGAUCGGCGAGGUGUAAUCAAGGACCAGACCUACAUUGAUGAUAACCGAGUGCUAUUCCGAGCCGUGCUUCCACUCAAUGAAAUCAUUGUAAACUUUUUUGACGAGUUAAAGUCAGUCACGUCGGGUUAUGCAAGUUUUGACUAUGAAGACCACGGCUAUCAGUUGUCACCUCUUGUCAAGCUGGACAUCAAACUUAAUGGUAAACCGGUAGAUGAGCUUACAAUGAUAGCCCAUGCCAACAAGGCUCGAAAACUUGGCCAGAGAGUUGUCAACAAACUCGCCGAGACCAUCCCGAGGCAACUUUACGAGGUCAUUAUCCAGGCAGCAAUCGGUAAUAAAAUACUGUGUAGGGCAACUCUCAAAGCUCUGAAGAAAGAUGUUUUAGCUAAGUGUUACGGAGGUGACAUCACUCGAAAGAUGAAGCUUCUGAGACGGCAAGCGGAGGGAAAGAAAAGAAUGAGAAAGAUAGGGAAUGUUGAAGUGCCGAAGGAUACAUUUAUAAAUGUGUUGAAGAGAUAACAAAGGAGUAUGUUUGGGUCUUGAGAGAUUCGCUUGAUAUUUGAAAGGAAGUAACUACUUGGCAAGCCCGGCUUACCAAACAGCGACUUUUUCUUGUCCUGAAUGGAGAGCCGAACUCAUUAAUAUUAAAGUAAAGUCUCCAGCUCGCCAAACAGGGUAGAUUUUUUACCUGUUUGGCAAGCCCGGCUGGCCGAACAGGGUGGCUUUUUAGUGCUGUUUGGCAAGCGGCUCUCCAAACAGGACAAAAAAAGAUGCCUGUUCGGCGAGCGGCUUGCCAAAUAGACCCGGCCUAUUUGUAAAUAGCUGUACAGAAGAAAUAUAAUAAAAAUGUUAAUCGGAA